AUGCGACGGGCACAGUUUCCCUCGCGAGCCACUCCCGAGAGAAUUGUGAUGCCCUCUGCCGGGGCAUCGGGCCGACGUUCGGACCUCCCGGGCCAGGAACAGCCCGCUCCGGCGCCGCCCGUCUUUCUGCGGAAGCUCAAGCGUGGCGCCGUGGGGACCGGGUGUGACGUGCGUCUGCGGGUGUCAGUCGGCGGGCACCCCGAGCCCAUGCUGCACUGGUACCAUGGCGAUAUGCCCGUGGCUAGUGAUGAGCGGGACCCCGGAGGUCUGUGGAUCAGGGAUUGCCAGCCGACCGACGGAGGCCUGUACACCUGCGUGGCGGUCAACGCUCUGGGAGAGGCCAGGAGCAGCGCCGUGCUGGCUGUGCUCGACCUGGGAGAGGACUCAGAGAAUACGGAGGAUGAAACAGCCGAGGGACAGGUCCCCAUGGAGGCCAAAGAGAAAGGCAAAGGAGCACACGGCCAGACAGGAGUCAAAAUGGCGGACCGCUCAUCCGAGGCGUACGGUCACGACCCCAGAGCUGUCCAGGACCCUGUGGUGGGGCGGGAGGUGUUCCCUCUCGGCUCCAGACCCCCCGGCCUGGCGGACCCCUCUCAGCCUGGCAGGCAAGCGCACCUGGGGGGCAUAGAGAGCCCCCCCGUCAGGCACCUGGGCGUGGAGGCCCUGCUGCGUGCGUCCCAGGCCAGCGUGGCCCGUCCCUCGUGGGAGUCGGAGGAAAGCGCGUCGCUAGCCAGCGAUUACUAUGGCAGCAUGUUCAGCCUCUAUGGAGGGAGGACUUUUACUAUGAACCAAGUGGACACCCUUUUAAAGGACAACACCCCCAGUGCUCUGUUCCCACUGGGCAAAACCAAACCAAGCUCACCCUUACCCGGUAAUGAUGAACCUGGACCCGACGCAUCUCUACCUAGCGACAGCAGCCAGCAGCAGAAACAGAACCUGGGAGAACCCAGGGUUCGCCAAGGGAUGGCCGACAGUAAGAUGAAAGCAAAAGGCUCUAAGUCGUCUGGGUCCUCCCAGAGCAGUGAUUCGCAGGACUCGCGUAGAGACUCGCUCACCUGCCACACACCAAAGCUGUCUCGGGCUGGCUCCAAGAUCUUCGACAAGGUCCGAGCCUUUGAGGACCGUAAGCAGAGUGUGGACCCACCAAAGUCUUCAAGUCGCCCCUGGGCGAUGUUUGGUCGGGCGGCAUCUGUCGACUCCGGAGAUGCCCGAAACAAGCAAACGGCAGCCGCGAAAGAUCAAGGGACGUCGGACGUGGCUCUAAAGAGGUCUUUCUUCAAGCAGAAGGCCUCUUCAUUGGAGGAGGGUAGCAGUGACAGCAGCUAUGCUCAGAAAGUCCAGAAUUUCCAGAGUAAAUUCACGGUGGAGCUCAAUCGCAUCAAACGUCUCGUCGGGAGGCCCAGCAUGAAAAAGGCCAUGUCCACCGAGCAGCUCUGCGAGACAGACAAGCAGUCCCUGGGUAAACUAGAGCCCAUCCCUCCUGAGGUCCUUCAGAAACUUGAAGAUCGGGAGCGAAGAUCUGAAAUGAGGGCAGCGGAGUCUGAAAAAGAACCAAUCCUACCCACCGUGGGUAAGAAACCUCACGACCUGGAACAAAGACCAGAACGGAAGUUUUCAGAGCCUGAAAAAGAACAACGGGCUCCACAGAAACCAGUCAGAACACAAAGCGAAUUGCAAAGUGGAACAGAAGAGAAGCAGCCUCUGAGAGACCAGGUUGCUCCAUGGCGCUCCGGAGCGUCUAAGAAACACACCGGGAAAGACACACUGAUCAGGAAAACCGAGGCAGAUGCCGGCGCCAAAGCCAAACCUCGGAUAUUCCCAGCGAUCCAACUCCCAGGCCAGUGUUCACCCAGACUUCCACGCAAAAGUCCAACCCGAGACUCUCCCACUCUGCCGAGUCCCCAGCCCCUCCAAGAGACGCCGUCCAACCAGGAGACUGAGCAGCCGGUUCCCAAGAAAGAGCGAAAGUCUUCAAGCCCUCGUUUGCAAAGGGCGUCCACACCUACGAAAGAUGUACCGGUCCCUGCGAAGCCCCCACGGCUGGCCAGCUCAAUACCUGCGCCUGUCCCAACAUCGCAGAGUGCCCCGCAGAAGAAACCUGCAAGAGGUCCCGUCGCAGGGUUGAAAUUGACCAUCCCCACAAUUGUUGUUGAGGAUGAACCCAUGGAAGAGGAGGAUGAAGAAGAAGAAGAAGAGAGGACAGAGCAUGACCAAAGGAGGACGAGAAAGCCAGUAAGGAAAGGAAGAAGCCCAAGGAGUCGGGGCAAGACGCAUCGCGAUCGUCCAACUUCUCCAGAACAAGCCGACUCCUCCGACGACUCCUACAUGUCAGCCGAGGAGGCCCCGGACGAGGGUCCCCACUUCCAGACGCCGCUGAGGGACGCGGAGGCCUGCGCCGGGGACGAGGUGCAGCUCAAGUGCGUCAUCGCUGGAAGCCCCCUCCCGCAAGGCAAGCCGUCCAUCAGGUGGAGGAAGGGGGAGACAGAGAUCCGAGACAGCCCCACGCACAUCCUGCGGGUGGAGGGGGAGCGCUUCUCUCUCACCAUCACACACAUGAAGCCCAGCGACGCCGGGACGUAUCACGUGACCGCCAGCAACCGCAUGGGUCAGGCAUCCUCCUCAGCCACACUCUUCGUCAGGGCAGAGCCAGUCCAGGGGCAUCGUGGGAAACUGAGUCUUCCUUUGGAUCCCCCAGGCAGCCCUGUCCUCUCUGAUGAGGAGUACCUGAGCCCUCUGGAAGAGGCCAUGGAGCUGGACAAUGCCCCUUGGUCCCAAAGGACAGCGCUGUCUCCACUGAAAGAGCCCCCUUCUUUACAGGUAACCUCUGGUGACCAGACUGUGGUAGAGGGACAUGAGGUGACCAUGUCAGUUCAUGUGUGUGGACAGCCCAAACCUAUGGUGUACUGGUUGAGAGAUCGGUUAGCAAUUAAAACUGACAGCCGCCAUGUUGUUCAAGAACUGCCAGAGGGAAAAUAUGAGAUGAAAAUCAAAUCAGCACUGAAGGCAGACGCCGGAGUUUACACCUGCAAGAUCAUCAAUGAAUACGGCACUAAACAGCAUGAGUGCAGAUUGGAGGUUUCUGCAUCUUCGGGUCAGCCUGGCCUGGCCAUCCACAUACCGGUGCAGGACGUGUCAGUGAAGGCCGGCGAGACGGCCCUGUUCGAGUGUCACAUGGUCGGCCCGCAGGAAGUGGAUGUGGAUUGGCUGGGCAAUGGGAAACUGAUUCAGCCGGCGCUGCUGGACUGUAAGAUGCACUUCGACGGGCGGAGGUGUCGCCUGCUGCUGCGCUCAGUGCACGAGGACGACAGUGGGACGUACACCUGCAAACUCAGCUCGGCUAAAGAGGAGCUGGUGAGCAGUGCCUGUCUCAGAGUCAGUCCCUCCAAGGAGCCCCUGUUCACACGCAAGCUGGAUAUCCUUGAGGUCAUCGAGGGUCGCACCGCCCGCUUUGACUGCAAGGUCAGCGGGUCACCACCUCCUGAAGUGACAUGGAGCCACUUAGAAACCCCUCUGCAGGAGACUGACAACAUCCGCAUCCUGAAGGAAGGCGGCCGGCACUCUCUGAUCAUCACACAGGUGACCCAGGAGGACGAGGGCUUCUACACGGCGACAGCCAAUAAUAUCCAUGGUGACACAGACAGCACAGCAGAGCUCUAUGUGCAGGAACCCCGGCCAGCCAUCUCAUCACACAUGGCAAAGUUGGAGAAGAUGCCCUCCAUUCCUGAGGAGCCGGAGGUCCUGGAGUCGGAGGUGGAGCGGAGAACGAUGCCGGACUUCGUCACUCCUCUGCGGGACGUGGAGGUGGUGGAGGGCAAGGAGGCUGUGCUGAAGUGUAAGGUGUCUGGCAUGCCCUACCCCACCAUCAGCUGGUACCACAACGGCAAGAAGAUCGACAGCACGGACGACCGGAAGAUGACCCAGUACAGGGAUGUCCACAGCCUGGUCAUUCGCUCCGUGUGCCACGGUCACAAUGGCGUCUAUAAAAGCGUCAUCUCCAACAAGGUGGGCAAGGCUGCCUGCUACGCCCAUCUCUACGUGGCAGACAUCCUUCCAGAACCCCCAGAUGGUCCACCUGUGAUUGAAGCCAUCACUGGAAGAACAAUCACCCUGCGAUGGAGCAGACCCAAGAACCUGGAUCCAUCUAUUGAUGCCAACUCUUUGUUGUAUGUGGUUCAACAACAAGCCCUGGGCUCUAUCCAGUGGGCCAUCGUAGCGUCUAACCUGAGAGAAACCUCCUACACGGUGAUCUCCCUCUCCAAAGGAGCGCGCUACGCAUUCAGAGUUUUGGCAGGGACUGGAAAAGCUUUCAGCAAGCCAUCUCCACCAACAGACCUCGUUCAGCUCAUCGACAGAGGCCAGUAUUUGCGCAGAGGCCCUGAAAUUCUGGACAAGCCGGACACAGUAUAUGCUGUGGAGAAUCAGGCGGCCAGCAUGACCAUCACUCUCAACCACGUUCAAGCAACAGUCAGCUGGAAAAGGAGGGGGGUUAUAUUGCUUCAUAAGCCUGGUGUGUGUGAGAUGAGCAUGCCAGAUGACGAUCAGCACUCUCUGAAACUGAUGAGGGUGCGUGUCGGAGACGUGGGCCAGUACACCUGCAUCGUGAGCAACGCUUUCGGCAGUGACAUCUGCCAUGCACAACUGAUCCUCGCAGCGCCCCCUGCCUUUGAGAGCAUCAUGGAGGACUUGGAUGUGUGUGUGAGUGAGACAACAAGGUUUGCAGUGGUUGUCGAUGGAAAGCCGGACCCAGAUAUCCUCUGGUAUAAAGACAACACACUCUUGGCGGAGAGUAGCCACUUCACCUUUGUGUACGACGACAGGGAGUGCUCACUGGUGGUGCUCAACGCUCGGGAGGAGGACUCAGGGGUCUACACCUGCAUGGCGAAGAACCUGGCCGGGUCUGUGAGCUGCAAGGCUGAACUCACCGUGCGCAUAGCCAAGAAAGUAGUGGAAGAGCCAAUGGAGGAUGAAGAGACUAUCUUGAGGAGAAUGCGGAGAGUAACCGAUUAUUAUGACAUUCACAAGGAGAUCGGGAGGGGGGCCUUUUCCUAUGUGAAGCGGGUUACUCUGAAAGCUGCAAAGAGGGAUUACGCGGCUAAAUUCAUCACAGCUCGAGCGAAGAGGAAAGCCUGUGCCCUGCGGGAGAUGGCUCUGCUCUCGGAGCUGGACCACGAGCGGAUCCUCUACUUUCAUGACGCUUUCGAGAAGAAAAAUGUGAUCGUGCUCAUCACUGAACUAUGCCAUGAUGAGCUGCUUGAAAGAAUGGCAAAGAAGACCACCGUUAUGGAAUCAGAGGUCCGUUCCACAAUCAGGCAAAUACUAGAAGGUAUUGAUUAUCUACACCACAAUGAUAUCAUUCAUCUUGACAUCAAGCCAGAGAACAUUCUCAUGGCCGAUCGUAACAGUGACCAGAUUCGGAUCUGCGAUUUUGGCAGCGCUUUGAAGCUCACUCCCAACGAGCCACAGUACAGCAAGUAUGGCACUCCAGAAUUUGUUGCUCCGGAGAUUGUGAGCCAAACACCCAUCUCCAAGGCAACAGAUAUCUGGCCCGUCGGAGUUAUGGCCUAUUUAUGCCUCACAGGGGUCUCCCCAUUUGCUGCGGAGAACGACCGUGAAACACUCCUCAACAUCAGGAACUACAAUGUGGCUUUCGAGGAGAGCAUGUUUGCUGAUUUGUGCAGAGAAGCCAAAGGAUUUGUCAUCAAGCUGCUGGCUUUAGACAGGCUGAGACCAGACACAACUGAGUGUCUUCGGCAUCCUUGGUUUAAGACCUUGACUAAGGGGAAGAGUAUCAGUACAGCAUUACAUAAACAAGUCCUGGCAAGAAGAAAGUGGCAGAGGUCACUCAUCAGCUACAAGUCCAAAAUGGUGAUGAGAGCCAUCCCUGAGCUACUUGAUGACUCCUCAAAGCACACAUCUAUUGCUGUGUCCAGACAUCUCAAGGAGAGUUCGCCGCCACCAUCAUCCUCCUCCGACUCCGACGGGGACAUCGAUGAGCUUCCCUUUAUCCCCAUGCCUAUGAAUAUGGUGUUCUCGGGCUCCAGAAUGUCCCUCACUGAGAUCACAGGGGACGAUGACGUUUCGGAUGGUGCCAUACCGGCCAAAGGGAACCAAAGAGAUCACAGUGUGGAACCGAUGGAGUGUGAGCCCUCCACACCCGGGAAAGAUGGGGGGUCUGAAGAGGUGGGUAAGGAAGGGGAGAAGUCCAGGAAGCCUCUCCAGCGAGGGUCGAGUGUGGAGGCUGAGGAGACACGGAUCAAGUCCAGGAGGGCAACAAUGCGCAGAGGUAGCUCGGCCGACAGCGCCCUGCUCCUUCACAUCUCACCAGAAGAGGGCGCUACAGCAGAGGAGUCAGAGGAAGGCAGCAGUAGCCUUAAAAAGGCCGUCUCCAUGGAGCUCCCCAGACGGAGCCCAAGUCCAGGCCCGGGCAAGCUGAGCCAGGAGGACUACGCCCUGAAACUGGAGCUGAUGAGACAGAGGCUUCUGCGGGGCGGAUCCGUGGACAAGAAGAUGAGCGGGUUACGCGGCCCUCUGCUGGAGACUCUAGGGGUGGAUGACGAAAGACGGACGUCGUCCCUCGACCGCAACUUGCGCAGGACAAGAAUGGGUGGAAUGACGAGAGCAGCCUCGACUGAGAAUCCCUCCGAGGGCUCCCCAAAGAUGAAGGUGUUUCGGAAGAGUGCCUCGUUUAGUCAAGUUGACCCUGAAGCCACUCCACUGCACAGACGCUUUGGAGCGCCACUGGAGAUCCCUAACACUCAGCCAGGCCAGAUGGGAGAGCAGAAGCUGCAUGAAGCCGUAUCUAUGUCUGUCCUUACUGAACAAACUAGACUAGAGUCAAGGCCUGAGUCUCCCAUUGAGAUGAACUCUGUACCAUCUACUCCUGAUCCAGAACAGCAGGAAAGGAAACAGGAAGAGAGAUGGAUUCUGGGAAAUGAGAAGAUGGAUGAGGAACAACAAGAUGGGACAACAGCCUCUGAACUUUCCUCUCAAAGUCAUGAGGAGGAUAAUGUAUCUCUGUCGGAAGUUGAGUCGUCUGCAUCAACUCCCACUGAGAAGAAAAAAUCUGCCUAUGCUGACGUUAUGCAAACCUUCACUGGGUUGCAACCUAAUGGAAAGCAGCCUCAUGUCCCUACUGCAACCCACUCACGGACUCGCUCCAACCCUGAAACUAUGUUCCUACCUGAGCACCCUGCUGUCUUCGCCAAAGUGGCCACGCCAUUUGCUCCCAUUCUCAGAACCGACAUCAAGGACAUUGACUCAGAGGAGGUUUUUGAGGCGAGAUUCAAAAAGCGUGAGUCUUCUUUAACUCGCGGCCUCAAGCGCCUGACUAGGACUAAGUCGGAGGAGAAGUCCCCAGUCAUGCCUCGCAAGCUGGGCGAGGAGAUCUAUAGACCUGGGCCCACUGGGGCUCCUCUGGAGGUGGUGUCUAAAGGACUCCAGGAGAAAUCCAAGUCAGUCCAGGACCUCAGGGAGGUGGAUAAGGACCUUGGCUUGAUCGGCAGGUUCUCCAUGCGGGCAAAGAAGUCGUCUCUCGCUCCCAAGAAGGAGGAGAAGACAAAGGACGAGUCAAAGGACGAAUCAGCUACCAAACGCAGGGUGUCCUGGGCUCUGGGUCGCAGCAAGUCCGAGGACAAAAAAACAACGGAGCCCAUAAAGAUAGAAGUGGAAGCAAAGAAGGAAGUCUCGGAGAGGGAUAAGCAGAAGGUUCCAGACUCACCUGUUUUUGCCAUGAGGCGCAGGUUUGAGUCAAAGGUGGCAGGCAUUUCCGAGAAAAUCCGUAGUCGAUCAGAGGAGAGGAAGGAAACAAAAUCGCUGAAACCAACAGCACCAGAUGUCACGGCACCUGAAACUCCUACGGAAGAAGUGAAACCAGAUCAAAAGAAGAUUGGGGAGUCACCGGUUCUGGCCAUGAAGAAGAAGUUUGAAGCCAAGGUUGCUGGUAUCUCCAUGAAACUGCGUAGCCAGUCUGAAGACAGGGAGGUGGAGACCGAGCCGAAGCCGGAGGGCAAGAGAACCCCUCUUCUGUCCCGCCUUCGGCAUUCCCAGUCGGAGGGCACGAGUCUGAAGAAGAUGGACAUCCCUGAAAACCAGCUCGCCGAACAAACGGGCAAAUUAGGUGGCAACGACUCGGUCGAUUCCACCAACAGUGCGCAGGUUGACGUCAAAUCUUCUCAGACACCAGAGAAUGACCGCCGCUCCAGAUGGGAUCGAUGGGGGCUGUCAAGAGGCAAGAGAGGCAAAAGCCCCGGCCAGCUUAGUACUGCAUCAACUGUUUCCAAGGAAGACUUCCCUCCGGUUUUCCACAUUAAGUUACGGGAUCACAUCCUUCUGGAGGGCGACCCAGUGACGCUCAGCUGUCUUCCCGCUGGGAACCCAUUACCAAAGGUCAUCUGGAUGAAGGAUAAGAAACCCUUGGAGAUUGACAGCAGGAUGAACUUGAUGUCCAGUCCAGACGGCAGACAGCUUCUGAUGAUCCUGAACACUACCAAGAAGGAUGCCGGCCUGUACGAGUGCGUGGCCACCAACCCACUAGCAUCGGCCACAAGCUCCUGCACCAUCUCUCUGGCCUGUAUCCCUAAGCAACCCGGAACGCCGGAGGUUCCUCAGACGUACAACAACACGGCUCUGGUGCUGUGGAAACCUGCGGACACCAAACCUCCGUGCACGUACUCGCUCGAGAGAAGGACAGAGGGUGAAACAAACUGGCUUAUCGUUGCUACGGGUUUGAUGGAUUGUUACCACAAUGUGACAGAACUGCCCACUGGCAACACCGUAAGGUUUAGAGUGGCCUGUGUCAACAAGGCAGGCCAGGGACCAUACAGCAACAUCUCUGGGAAAGUGUGCAUAGCCACAGGGAGGAGUGUGUUCACUAAGCCGGUGAAAGGGAAGGCCACCGCUCCGUCUCCUGCCUCAGAUGUCCCCGUUCCGCCGCCAGCCGCUGCCAUGGCAACCUGCUCCGUCGUCGUCCAGCGCAGUAAAUCCGUGCCUGCCGUGUCCCCAUCCUCACUGCCACAAGCUUUCCCAGCACCCCUCCCUACCUCUCAGAUCCCUGCUCAGAUCCCUGUCCAAAUCCCUGUCCAGAUCCCGUCCCGCGCGGCCACAGCGAGCCCCACGUCACCCUUGGUCACCCCUCCUCCUGCUCCGUCCACAGCAACCAGAACCCCCCACGUCUGGCCGCCCCGCAGGCCUUCUGACGCCCAAUCACCCACUAACAUUCCUCACGUGCAGAGACAGACAGCUCCGCCAGCCAAUAGCGCGACAGACACAGUACUAGUCACGCCCGCUCCCCAGUCACCACCUGCAGUCAAACCCAUAGCGCCUUUGGUCCUGCCCAAACCGCAGAGUCCUGUGAACGUAGUGCCGCCCAUCACUCAAACCUCACCAGUGCCCCAGCCUGUGCCCACCACCACCGCAAGUUCUCCUUCUGCCACCACGCCUCUACCCAGCAGACCCAUCUCCCCUGUGCCCUCAUAUGUGCCAGCCACCACCGCGCGCGUGGCACCCACUCCUACGUCUCCCCCUGUAGUGUUGGUCAGCAGCAUGAGCCCCUUCGGGGACGGGGCAACGACUCCCACCCCUCUCACCCCCACGGGCCCAGUGAACCCCUCCAGCAAGGCCAGUGAGUCCAGCCUGCGGCAAGGGGUGCCUCAGAAACCGUACACCUUCUUGGAUGAGAGGAUAAGAGGUCGGUUUGGGGUGAUCCGUGAGUGCCGAGAGAACGCCACGGGGAAGAUGUUCAUGGCUAAGAUCGUGUCGUACGAGCAGGACACCAAACAGCAGGUGGUGCUGGAGUACCAGACUCUCAAGUCGCUGCACAAUGACAGGAUCAUGGCCCUACACGAGGCCUACGUCACCCCGCGCUACCUGGUGCUCAUCACCGAGAACUGCACAGGGAAGGAGAUCCUCUACAGUCUCAUUGACAGGUUCCGGUAUUCUGAGGAUGAUAUUGUGCAGUAUCUGGUAGGCAUCCUGCAGGGCUUGGAGUACCUGCACAGCCGGCGAAUCCUUCAUCUUGACAUCAAACCGGACAACAUCAUGGUCACCAACCUGAACGCCAUUAAGAUUGUUGAUUUGGGCAGCGCUCAGGGUUUUAAUCCCCUCACACUCAGAACCUAUUGCAGAGACCUGGCAACCUUAGAGUUCUCUGCUCCUGAGCUGUUGAAAGGUGACGUGGUGGGGCCCCCAGCAGACAUGUGGGGCGUGGGAGUACUCGUCUACAUCAUGCUGAGUGGAAGACUACCCUUCCAGGAGAAGGACCCAAAGCAGACUGAGACCAAAAUACUGGCAGCAAAGUUUGACGCCACAAAGCUGUACCCAAAUGUGUCCCAAAGUGCCUCCGCCUUCCUGAAGAAGACGCUCAAUGGCUAUCCCUGGUCGCGGCCCUCCAUGAAGGACUGCUUCUCCCACGGCUGGCUGCAGGACUCCUACCUGAUGAAGCUGCGGCGGCAGACGCUCACCUUCACCACGGCGCGCCUCAAGGAGUUCCUGGGGGAGCACCAGAGACGGCGCGUGGACGCCGCCACCAAGCACAAGGUCCUCCUGCGGGCCUACCAGAGCGGGCCGCCGUCCCCCGCCUCCGCCACCACGCCCGUCACCCCGUGACCAGAGCUCCCGUCUGGGGUGUGUGAGCGGCUCUCUCCCCCCUCCAACCCUUCAGCCCUCUGGGUCUUACAGAGCACAGUGGGGACUGGAGAGGCUCCAGCAGCCUAGGCUGGGCCCAGCUGCAGAGACUCCUACGUGUGAGACGGCAGUGUCAGCUCCCUAGAGCUGUGAUGGAGAGAGAGAGAGAGAGAAAGAGAGAGUGAGAGAGAGAGAGAGAGAAAGAGAGACAACGACAGAGGUGGCUGACAACCGAAAUACAGAUCAAACCAAGAUGGAUUUGAGCAGGAGUAAUGGAUUGCUUGUACUGGACCAUCUAAUUAGCUAAGUGUUCAUACUUAGAGAGGACUCUGCGGUUUUAUGACUUCCCUCUAGUCAUCCGAAUCUUUUUUUUUUUUUUUUUUGGAAGAUGAAGUAAAGGUUUUAUCGGAGCAAAGCCGGUGCGUUUAAUUUAUUUCCUUGGCUGGGUCGCUAUCAAAAGGCAAUCCAAGCAGAAUGUAAUUAAUGUUUUUAAAUAACGGUACACUUCAGUGAGGCUGUUGGCUUAUAAGUCAUGUCAGAAAUGUUGACUAUGUAAGUGAUAUGUCACUAUUCAAAUCAAUGCUGACUUCAAAGAUCCUUUUGAAUAGAUCUUGAUUGAUAAAAUGUAUUAAUGCGUGAUCCACAUUGUACUCAACUCAACUCAACUCAACUCUGGCACAGGAGGUGAUUUUGGACCUUAGCGACUGGUUAGAGACUAAUACUGUACUUGACGUUACGCUGCUAUGUGUUGUGUAAUCAUUUCAGUUGCAGAAACCCACCGUAUGACAAUGUGUCUUGUUUACUUCCCUAAUUAUUUGCACCUUUUUGGUGAAUGUGUAAUGUACCUUUUAAUAUUUACAAACUGCACUCUUGUGUGAUACUGAGCUCCUUCUGGAUGUUGUGAACAGCUUCCUGGAUGUUGCAGCAAUACUUGGUGACAUUUGUAACGGCCUUGUUUAAAUACUCAUAUAUUUUACAGUUUGUACAUGAUUUUGAGUGCUUUUGAUAGAGACCUGUUUCUAUGGACAGAAGAUAAUUGGAUACUACGUGAAAGUUUUCUCUUGUACACAUCUCUCCUGACCGUUCCACAGCUAAAGGCCAAUGCCCACAGCUGGCAACGACUUUUGCUUCUAUGGAUUUGACGUUUAAGAGAUAGAACAGUUUUCUAAACUUUGGCGUUACUUGACGCACAUCAGAUGCCGCUAGUGGGAAUUGGCCUUAACAGAGUUGACUCCUCAAGGUGUCAUCAAGUACCAAAAUCAACCUCUGACUAGACUAGAGAAACAUUUCUCCAGUCAAGGAAAAGGUCAUAAACUUUCAUGUCAAAACAUGAUUUUCCAAGCACACUUAACAUCAGAUUGAGACACAGAGAUGACACUGACCGCGUAGUGUUGUACUAGACAAACUAACAAUGGGACAGCAAAAUGUCGAUAUUUUCAAUAUGAAAAAAAGCCUUGCGUAUUGUUAUACAGUAGGUUCACAUAGGGUACUUUGUAGAUGGUCCUUCAUGGAGAGUUAUCAUUAUAUUGUCAUGUGAUUCACAUACAGUGGUGUAUUCUCAUCUAAAGAAAGCUGCUAAAACCACGCAUUGAAUGCAGUUACUAAUGUGAAUAAAAUAACUCAUAGACAAUGCUUUUGUUAAUGGUUUGUUGAUAUAAAACCAUGCAUUGAGUAAUGUAACUGAAACGAUUCUAGAUGGUGGUAAGAUAAGUUAUUAAGGUAAAACCAUAAACUUCAGUGUUUUUCCAGACUCCUGGUGGUCCAGAAUUGAAGUUCAUGAUUUGUUCUUUUUGCAUUACAUGAAUUGAUGCUACUGUGAGGAUAAGGAUCAUAUUACCAGAAACUUCACGUGCUGUCAUUAUGGUAGAAAGACUGUGUCUGUUCUGAGUACAGUAUGCUGACCUUAGAAGGCCCCAUUGGUUCAAAAGCAGUCAACAUGUAGUGCUGAGUUCAACUCAAUUUACUCAAUUUAUUGUUGGAGACACUGUCAGUGUGUGUUUGUGAAUAAGGAUCCGCGUGCAAAUCAUGUUGUGUCAUGCAUUGCAGAGACCUUAGUUAAGAUUCUGAAUGGACAGUUCAGUCCAGUUUGGUCAAAUGUUGUAGAAAGUGUAAUUUUGAUGUGAAUGUGCCAUGCUCUUCUCUGUGUUUUUGUGCAUACAGUAUCUAUCACAUAAAGGCUCUUCACUCUGAUGCUCUUUGGACAGAAAACAGCUGUUUGACUCUAGCAAAAUCUAUUCUUCUGACGUACAGUAUAUCACAAUGUAUUAUAAAUACACAAAGGAAAUAUAGAUGAUUUUUUGAAACCCACUUGGAUGUACUUUUGUUUUCAAGUUCUUGUCAAAUAAAAACAUUUGCAUAAAA